GCGAAACUCUGCUACGUUUUCUCUUGUUCUCUAUAAAGACUCCCUUUUUGCAUUUGCGCUCUUGCACUUUGCUGUUGAAUCCAUUUGGUUAGUUUGCGAUGGAGAAAAGAAGUGUUGAAGAUGCGCCAGCAGUUGAUAUUGCUAAGAAACUAAAAACUGAUUCCUCUCAGAUGCUGAAGACAUUACAUGACCAUCUCGACAAGGUCGUUGAGGAGGUUGAGCUGAAGGAAAAUCAGCUUCAUGUUCUGAGUUCAAAGCUGGUGGAAAUCCAAAAGCAGAUCGAGCAACAAACAGACAAACUUAAAUCAACAGAGGUUGUAGUAAGAAACCAAAAGAAUGCACUUGGUUGGAUAAGGCACCAGAUCAAGUCGGGAGAGGAAACACUCGUUGAGCUUAGGACAUCACUGGAGAACACUGGAAACGAACUUGAGCUGAAGAAGACAGAACUGGAAAACACUGGAAACGAACUUGAGUUGAAGAAGGCAGAGCUUAAGAAGAACACAGAGUUAAGAGUAAGGAGCAGUGUGCUUGUUAAGCACGAGCUGCAGCCCAUUGAAGCAGAAUCUGAGUUGUCUACUGGAGAUGCUCGUCUGCUUCAGAAACUCUCAUCAGUUGCUCUUACUCGUCGUGAAGUAUCUAAUUAUCUUAGAGUUAUAUCUAAUCCAGCAAAGCUUGUUCUGGAUCUUGUUGAGAGACAGCUUAGAACUGCUUAUCAAAGACAAACGUUGGGCUUACAAGAGUCGGUCGUGAAGAACUUGGUCCUGUUUUUUGAGGAUAUUGCAGGAAUUAGAGGGUCAGAAAAGUCUCAGCUGCAGUUUAGGGCCAAAGAGUUGGGAAAUAUAUGGAAAGAGAAUAUAACAAUCGAAGCUCCAAGAUCAUCUCUUGAAGCUUUGGCUUUCUUGUUAUUCAUUGUGGCGUUUGGAUUGAAGAGAUUGAUCAAUGAAGAAGAGACUGUGCUACUUGCCUCUUCUGUUUUUCAUUACAGACAAGGACCAGAACUCUUUCAGUUCUUUGGUCUCAAACUUAAAAUCCCAGAAUUUGUUAGAGAUCUCAUAAAGGAUCAUCAAUACAUACCUGCGGUCCGGAUAAUAUGUUUGUUCAAGCGUAAAGACUUUUCAGCCACAACUCUUUUAAUGAAAGAAAUCACCGACCUAAGACGCUCUGCCAUGGGAAAAGUUCAAAAUAAAGAUGUUGGAAGAUUGAGAGCCAUCGUUGAACUUGUAGCAGAUUAUAAGCUGGACAUUGAUCUUCCAGGGGAACUUAUCGCCAAGCUCAUGUUACUAAGAGAAAACUCAACACCACCUGAGCUUCACUGCUCUGUUGAAGUAGAUGAAGAAACUUGCAGCUCCUCGUCAAAUUCAAAAGCUGCAUGUUCAGGUGUGGAUCUUUUGGUCCCUAAACGUGAAACUAAUCCCUUCGUGAACCCAUCAACCAAUUGUAGUUAAUGUCAGAUACUCGGAAUGUGUAAAAAGGCUAGUAGGCACAAAAUAAUGUAGUAGCUUUUGCUAGAUCUUUAGACCCAUCAAAGGGGAAUCGAUUCAUUAGCAUCGUUAUUUAUUUGGUAAAAACUUGUUGCACUUUGGUUAUCGUUAGAUAUCUAUGCUUAGCACAUUACAGUCUCUGUCUUUCCGUUGUAUAAUACUCC